CAUGACUGGCUGAGUGACCGUUGGGAACGUGGAGGCCUAAACCUCGCUGCUGGUGCUGCUGCCGGUGAAGAGGCCCAGUGAAGGUUCUCUCUCCCGCCCGCCCGCCCGCCCGGGCUGCCUGCCUGCCUCUCUCUCCCGCUCUCAUGUGAGGAGGGAAUCUUUUCUUCUUCCGCCAGGGCCCAAUCGCCUUUGUGGACGUGGCUAAGGAUUUCUCCCUGGAGGAGUGGGUUCUCCUGAAUCCGGAUCAGAAAGCCUUGCACAAGCAGAUCAUGGAGGAGAUGAAUGGGAUUGUGGACUCUCUUGUAGAUAACGGGGAGAAGAGCCCAGUAUGCACUGAAUGCAGGAAGCAUUUGGGGCACAACGCGGGCCUUUGUCGAGACCAGCAAGCCCACACAGAAGAUGGAGGUUCUGCCAGAGAAAGACCCGAAAAAUGCAAUGUAUGUGGGCAAUGUUUUACCCAUAAUUUGGCACUUAUGCAUCACAGGACACUUGAUGUUGGGAAAAGCCAUCUUAAAGGGAACGUAUCUGCAAAAUGUGUGGUGAAACAUGAGAAAUUUCACACAGGUCAGGAACCAUACAGAUGCCAGGAGUGUGGGAAGUAUUUUGCUUACAGUUCACAAUUGGUGAGGCACAAGAGACUCCACACAGGAGAGAAGCCAUACGAAUGCCAGGAGUGUGGGAAAUGUUUUGCUUCCUCUUCAGGCUUGGUGAGCCACGAAAGGCUCCACACAGGAGAGAAGCCAUACCAAUGCCAGGAGUGUGGAAAACGUUUUGCUUCCAAUUCAGCCUUGGUAAGGCACAAAAGACUCCACACAGGAGAGAAACCAUACCAAUGCCAGGAGUGUGGGAAAUGUUUUGCUUCCAGGUCAGAUUUGCUGAAGCACCAAAGACAGCACACAGGAGAGAAACCAUACCAAUGCCAGGAGUGUGGGAAAUGUUUUGCUUCCAGUUCAGCCUUGGUGAGCCACAAAAGACUUCACACAGGAGAGAAGCCACACCAAUGCCAGGAGUGUGGGAAAAGUUUUGCUUCCCGUUCAGCUUUGGUGAGCCACAAAAGGCACCACACAGGAGAGAAACCAUACCCAUGCGAGCAGUGUGGAAAAUGUUUUGUUUCCUGUUCAGCCUUGGUGAGCCACAAAACACUCCACGCAGGAGAGAAACCAUACCCAUGCCAGCAGUGUGGGAAAUGUUUUGCUUCCAGUUCAGCCUUGGUGAGGCACAAAAGACUGCACACCGGGGAGAAGCCAUACAGAUGCCAGGAGUGUGGAAAAUGUUUUGCUUCCAGUUCAGACUUGUUGAAGCACAAAAGACACCAUACAGGAGAGAAGCCAUACAGAUGCCAGGAGUGUGGAAAAUGUUUUGCUGAGAGUUCAGUCUUGGUGAGACACAAACGACUUCACACAGGAGAGAAGCCAUACCAAUGCCAGGAGUGUGGGAAAUCUUUUGCUUCCAGUUCAAACUUGGUGAGCCACAAAAGACUCCACACAGGAGAGAAGCCAUACCAAUGCCAGGAGUGUGAAAAAUGUUUUGCUUCCCGUUCAGCCUUGGUGAGCCACAAAAGACUUCAUACAGGAGAGGAGACUUUGUCCAUGCCUAAGCUUCCAGGGGAGAUGUGGAAACCCAAAUAAUGUAACUCAGUCUUAUGAAAUUCACACUUUGAAAGUUUUGCAUAUAGCUGAUUCUUCUGUAGUAUCUGCAGGACCCUCCGGGUCAUUUUUAUAUAUUCAUCAGUAUCUUUCGAAGAAAUCAGGAUGUCAUCCAGGUAAACAAUCACACCUCUAUAUAGCCACUCAUGGAAGAUCUCAUUGAUAAAUUGCAUGAAAGCCCUUGGUGAGCCUUUUAAACCGAAUGGCAUGGCAUGGAAAAUGUAUGUUCCUAGAUGACAAUUGAAAGCUGUCUUCCACUGAUCUGGCUGGACCCAUAUUCUAAAAAACGCUUCCCUAAGACCCAACUUGAUAAAUAUCCGUACCUUCCCCAGUUGAGCCAACAUGUCGGAUAUUAACGGGAGGGGAUAUUUGUUGGAGGUGCAAAUUGUGUUCAGACCCCAAUAGUCAACACACAGUCUCAGAGAACUGUCCGCCUUUGGAUGGAACAAAACAGGGGUGGUCAUCGGCAACUUUGCUGGCUCAAUAAAGCCUCUGGCUAGAUUCUUGUCAAUAAAUUCCCUCGGGGCUCCUUUUUCAGGUUCUGGCAUGGCAUAUAGCUUGGGGUUUGGCAGUUUAACAUUGGGUUCAAUUUUAAUGGCACAGUCAUUUCUAUGUGGUGGCAACUGGUAACUUUCUUUUUCACUGAACACCUCCGCAAAAUCAUGAUAGACACUAGGUAUGCUAUGUGACGGGACAUCCUGUGACGUUGUGGCUACCACCCCCUCUUCUUCCACUGUGCGUGUUGGCUGUGGAGCCUUCUUGAAACUACAGCUCCCAUCAUGGAAGGUAAACGUCCCAUCUUUGCCAUUUAUCUGGAGGUUUUGCCAUCUCAACCAGGGGACUCCCAAUAUGACUGGCUAAUGGGCCAUGGAAGAUAUCACAAAUUGUAAUGACUCCUUGUGGGACCCUACUCUCAUUUCUAGAAAAUGUCUUCUCUCUUACUGGGGCUCCACUAGCUGUGGACCCAUCUAAUUGUGAAAAAGCAACAGGCGUUUUUAAAGUUGGGGCUUUACUCCCAACUGAUUUGCUAGUGUUGGAGUGAUCAGGCAUCUGGUACAUCCACAUAGCGCCUGCUUCUACUCAAGGGUUAGCAGCUCCACUCUAAUCCUCACAAUGUCACAAUUGAGACUCACUGAUGUCUUUCCACCCUGGGUGUCUGAUCUGCCGUCAGGCGUCUACAGCAGAUUGUUGUUUCCCAGCAGCCACACAGCUUCUCCUUCCCCCUCCAACUCUACCUCUUCGGCAGGGAGUUGGCCGGGGGCCAGCACCCUCUCAGUUGCUGUGGAUGCUUUCCCCUUGAUCUCUUUUGGAGAAAGAGGUGCUUUCUGAGGAGGAGGCUUGUCUCCUUUCUGCUGGCUCACUCUUUUUGGGCAAUCAGCUGCUCGGUGCUCCUGGUGGCAACACAUGGCUUCAAACUACAGGAAAGGAGAUUCCACCUGAACAUCAGGAAGAACUUCCUCACUGUGAGGGCUGUUCGACAGUGGAACUCUCUCCCCCGGACUGUGGUGGAGGCUCCUUCUUUGGAGGCUUUUAAGCAAAGGCUGGAUGGCCAUCUGCCGGGGGUGCUUUGAAUGCGAUUUCCGGCUUCUUAGCGGGGGGUUGGACUGGAUGGCCCAUGAGGUCUCUUCCAACUCUACUAUUCUAUGAUUCUACAUGAAGCACGCUCCCCAUCUCCCCUUCCUCUCUCUGCUGGACGAUCUGCCCCGGUGAGAAGAACGGCAUAUUCCUCCGGAAUGGGCUGUUGCCGGGUGCCAGGCUUGGUUGCUUUCCCUGCAUCUGUCAGAGUAAUGGUUAAUGUAGUGAAAUGUUAACUCAUUGUGAAAGGUAGAGAAAUGUUCCGGUAAGCAUUCCAACAGAGGUAUGGUUAAGUGCAUAGAAGUAGAUUUACUGCCUAGAGUGACAUAUUUCGGCUUCCUCUGUAUAGCAGGAAAUAAAUCACUAGAUUGGAAUGUGGGAGGAGACAACUUUACUGAUAGUGUGCUUUGUCAGUCGCCAUUAUGCUCUGCUUGUAGAUUAGAUGUGUGUGUUAUCUUCUCUUUAUGUAUAUAGCUGUAGAUAAUGUCAAUAAAAGCUUUGAACCGCC